UUCGUAUUUUAAUCGCCGUUUCUUCUAUCACCUUCUCGUUCGCAGAUCACGGCUUCUAUAUAAUAAUAUAUAUAUAUAAGUCGCCGUAUAAUUUUCUUGCCGGGAAUAAUCUCCGAUCAUCGCCGGAAAUUUCCAACUCGUUGUAAAAGACGUUCAAUUGGAUCCCCAGUUUUCUUCUUUUGGUUGCUGAAAUCUCUUUCGGGUUUUGUCCUAAUCCUCGUUUGUUUGGGUUUCGUGAGUCUCGUUUUAUAAGAACAUGGGACAAAAGAGAUGGUUCUUGUUGCUGGCAAUUUUUGCUUGUCUCCUUUCCUUUUCAUGUGGUAGAGGUGUUCUCAAGUUGAAGAGCGAUGAUGAUCGACCUGUUUACAACCAUACGCUUGCCAUUACACUUGUGGAGUAUGCUUCUGCGGUUUAUGAGUCUGAUUUGACAAAACUCUUCACUUGGACUUGCGAAAGAUGCAAUGGUUUUACAAAGGAUUUCGAAGUAAUAGAGAUCAUAUUUGACGUUGAACACUGCUUACAGGCGUAUGUUGGGGUGGCUGAGGAUUUGAAUGCUAUCAUUAUUGCAUUUCGGGGAACUCAAGAACACAGCAUACAAAAUUGGGUCUCAGACUUGUUCUGGAAACAGCUCGAUCUGAAUUACCCUGAUAUGCCAGAUGCAAUGGUGCACCAUGGAUUUUAUAGUGCUUAUCACAAUACAACUGUACGUCCUGCAGUUUUGGAUGCAAUAAAACGAGCGAAACAAGUCUAUGGGGCGAACAUCAACAUAAUUGUCACUGGUCAUUCAAUGGGAGGAGCCAUGGCUUCCUUUUGUGGGCUAGACUUAGUCGUAAAUGAAGGAGAAGAAAACGUACAGGUUAUGACAUUUGGGCAACCUCGUGUUGGGAAUGCCGCUUUUGCUUCUUAUUACAGUUUGCUUGUGCCUAAUACCUUCAGAAUCACGCAUGACCGUGAUAUGGUUCCCCAUCUGCCUCCUUACUAUUACCAUUUCCCUCAAAAAACAUACCACCACUUCCCAACAGAGGUGUGGGUUAAAGAAUUCAGUUUUUCGAACUUUGUUCUUUUUGGUUUGGAGAAAGUUUGUGACAACACCGGUGAAGAUCCUACUUGCAGCAGAUCGGUGAGGGGAACUAGCAUUUCAGACCAUUUAAGGUACUUUGGGGUAGAGUUGAUGUGUGAGAGUUGGAGACAAUGCAGCAUAGUGAUGAACCAGGAGGUAGAGCGUUACAGCAGGAAAGAUUCAAAGGGUAACAUAUUCCUGUCGCGGACAGUUCCUUCCAAGGACGCAAUCGAAAACCGGAAUCUCUAGCCCAUAGGUGUUGGUUGAUUGGAGUCUUGAACAAGAGAAAGCUUGCUGGAAUGGGAUGUUUGAGAGGUUCAGUGUUGUGUUGGAAGAAGAAGAAGGGUUCUUUGAUUCUUUGUGUUCGUAAAAGAAGGUGAACAAAUGAUUUUGUAAAUAAAUCCUAUAGGUUGGUCGCAUGUAGCAUGUUAAAUCUUUAUUAAUUUAAAUCCAUGAUCAUAUAGAUAUUGGAUUCAACGAUAUACUGUAUGUAAGUAUGUGUAUGAAUAAUGACAUUGUACAGUAGCAGAAUAGUUUCGAAUCUUUAAAUUCGUAUCCAUCAA